AUGAAACUGCUUUUAAAUAAUUAUCAUAAUGUACUCUUAACAUCAAUAUUCUUAUUAUUGUCCCUAGCAUCGUUAAAUAAUUUAUUUAUUCAAUGUGAUUUAUUAUUCAAUGAAGAAGAUCAUCAUUACAACAAUAAUCAUCGCGAAAAGAAUAUAACCAAUAAUAAUAAUAAUAAUAAUAAUAAUAAUAAUAAUAAUGAAUCAUUUCACUAUGUCGAAAAAAAUGCAGACGUGAAGAAUCAUGUUCAUGAAAGUUUGGGAGCCGAUGAAUAUCAUACAGAAAAUAUUGAGACUGAGAGCGCAAAUCGAAGUGACGUAUUGUCAAAAUCAAUAACUGAAGUAAAUCAUGAUAGAUCAUUACCUGUAACAAAUAAUGCACCUAAUAAUGUUACUGAUAAUAAAUACCCAAUAACUAAAAUAGUUUCAAACAAAUCAUCAUUGUAUAAAUAUUCAUUGAACCAAGAUGUAUCUAAUAAAAAAUUAAUUAAUAAUAGAAAAGUAUCUAAUAGUAAAUAUUUAUCUUCUUGGGCAUUUUCAGCACCAUCAACACUGAUUAAGUCUUCAACAAAAAUUGUUGAGAAUUGGCCACUUAGCGACUAUCGUAUUGAAUUCAUUGAAGAUUUAAUUCAAAAAAAUAUUGGAAUAAAAUUCAAAGACAAUGAUAAUAAUAAUUUUUCGCAAAUGAUUAUUAUGCCAAAAACAUCUUCAAUUUAUUUAGUGAAAAAUCGAGGAACUCUGUUAAAGUUAGACAUGACGACAUUCGAACAACAUGAUAAAUAUACACUACCGACGUCAUUAAAGUCUAUGCCAGAAUGCAACGAUUCUUGGUCAUGUCACUCAAUGAAGGAAAUCAGUUUACUUGCUAAAAUGCCUGAUGAACGUAUGAUAUGGAUCUGCUAUGUGACCCAUCAUUCUCACGAAAAUCGUCCUAAUCUACUUGCAGAAAGUGGUUGCAUGGUCCCGACGGCUGAAAAUCUGGCCGUACCAUUAAUUCAAUGGGAAAAUCCUCAUUUCAAUUCACUAUAUCCUGAUAAACCACCCAGUGUUCUUAAUGCAGCUGAUGGAUUCACUUAUAUAUCUGCAUUUACUUUAGAUUACUUGCGUAUAUUUCGUGCUUAUAUGCCAGAUUGGAAUGGAAAUUUCAAUUGGACAGGUGCAUUGGUCACUGAUAAAAAUCCAACAUUUAUAGCAGAACCCGCGCAAAUUUUAUUAACUUUCGAAACAACUGAUGAAAUUUAUUUCGUUCUUCGAGAACAACCAAAUUCACAAAUGUCAAGAUGUGAAGAAAAUGUAGGUAGUUCUGUAAACCAUUUAUCUAAAGUUGAAAAAUUAAAACGAUUGCAUCAGCCUUACUGUUUAACAAGUGUUGCACGUUUAGUAAGAGUUUGUAAAGGUGAUCCAGGUGGUUUGCCAUAUAUUAGCUCAAAUCGUUUUGCUACAUUUGCAAAAGCUGACUUAAUAUGUCCAGCUACAAAUGAAAAUGGUGGAUAUUUUAGCUAUACACACAUUUCAACAGCUUAUUGGGAUAAUAAUACACAAUUACUUUACGCAACAUUUACAACGGAAAAAUCAGCUCCAGUUGGAAGUGCUUUAUGUAUUUAUAGUUUGAAUGAACUUAGAGCUUCGUUCAAUGGACCACUAGUUCGUACUAAUGAAAAACAAAAUGAUUUAAAAUCGUCUCCUGUAUCAAAUUCAUUUUCAAAUAUUUGCACAAGAUUCAAUUCCAAAAAUAGAACUGAAGAAGAAGUAACAGUCGGACGACUUUUAUCUUUACGUUUCCCUUAUCGUUAUUUGCCAGUCAAACCACUACAUGGUCAUGCUUUAUUGUCACAAACUGGUGAUAAAUGGGUGCAUUUGCAGGCUUAUAAUUUGCCUUCAGUAACAAAUUACUAUCAAAGUGAUGAACAGAUCAAAACAAGUAUCAUAUGGAUUGGUACAAAGGAACAUUUGAUUCAAUUCGUAGUAUAUGCUUACAACGAUGUAAUAUCACCUACUGGAGAAACGUAUUCAACAGAUUACCAGUACAAAGCGAUACCAAUUAUAUGCAAACUCAAAGAGAUUUUACUUGGACGUCAAAUUGAAUCAAUAAUCCUUCAGUUACCGCCAGAUAGAUUGGAUUCGAAUGUUAACAAGGAGUUAGAAAUACAUAUUGACACCAUUUCGAAUAAAAGGAAUCUUUCCAAACGAAUUGGGGACGUAAGCGUGGAAUCAGUUAGAACAUCACAAGUAAAUAGACUUUAUGGUGAAGAGAUAGUUGGUAAAGUAGAAAAAGAAGAAAUUCGUCGUAUCGAAAUAUCAGGUUCUUAUUUACAUAUCAUGACAAAUAAACAAUUAUUUCGUCUACCACUAACACGUUGCUCUGAAUAUAAAACAUUUGAUGACUGUCUCAACUCAAAAGAUCCUCACUGUGGUUGGAAUUGGUCCGAAGGUAGAUGUUCAAGUGGUUAUCUGUUUGAGUCUACCGUACAAAUUAACCGUUUAAAUACAUUUUCACCAUCGAUUGAUCAUAGACAACGAAAUAAUCAUCAAUGUCCAACAAAAAGUUUUACAUUUGACAAAGAUAAAGAGAAUUCAUGGACAAAGUGGUACGAUUGCAAUUGGAUUGCUUCACUACAAACAGGUGAUCCGGUUCCUAUAACAAUUCACAAUCAACCGACUGAUGAUGUCAAUGAAAAUGUUGGCGACAAAAUCUCAGUGAAAUUACUGGGAAGUUGUUUAUGCCGUUUAUGCAUCAGCCAAGUUAAUUGUGUUCUUGGAAUCCAGCAGGUUAAGAACUGUACUCGUUUCGAUCAAAAUUGGCUUCCUUGGUCUAUUUGGAGUGACUGUGAUCCAACUACAAAUAUUCAAAUACGGAAAAGGCAAUGUCGACCCAAUGCAGUUUGUUCUGGAAGCAGUAUCGAACAACGAUCUUGUUUGGACGAUGACAGCUGGUUUAGAAAAUCCAAUGUUAUACCGAAAUCAGCCAGUUACUAUAAAUCAAGAAUUCAUUACACUACACAAGCUGACGGUUACACUCUUACACAUUUGAUACUUGUAGUAAUAUGUGGAUUAUUAACUGGUAGUUUGUUAACAGUUAUAUUAUUUUGGUCAUGUAGAUGUCAUCGUUGGUCAUAUGUUGUGGAUGAUAUUGCUAAAUUAACAAAGAAAAAUCAUAUGAAAACUAUUCCUACUCAUUGUAAAGGUCAUCUACCUUAUGAAAGUCAACAAACUUGUUUAACUACUAGCCAACCGUUAAGUAAACAUUCAUGGAGUUUAAUUGAUGAAAAAGAACCUAUCUGGUGUAAUAAAUCAGGUAAUAUAGCACAAGCACCAACAGAUACACGUUACGAAUAUCUACCAUCUACUCAUGUUAUACCAACUAAUACCAGAUUUAACAGAUCAGUUGGUCGAAAGUCAACAAAAAUAUGUCAUUUAAACACCCCAUGUCAUGAUAUAUCGACAAGUGUAUACUUACUAUCCAAUACACCGUCACCAACUUCAGUGACAAGUAACCCGUCAACAACUUCAACGUUACUGAAAGACAAGUUUACAUUUGAUUCAUUUGCUGAACAAAAUUCAAAUGUUUUAGGUGAUUGUAAAACUAAUCUAAUUAAUAUUACACCUGAUAACAAAAAUGAGAAUAACAACGAAAAUCUAGGGAAUUUAUACUUAACUGGUUAUUUCUAUGCUGCACCAAUAGAACCAAUACAUAACCAACCGAUAACAUCAACAAAAACUUCUUUACCGACAACAAGAAUCAAUAUUGAAUUACCUGAACAUCAUGACUAUCAAACUAGACAAAUCCCUACAAUAUCUUCAUAUUAUAAUCAAAUAAAUACUGGUCUUGUUAUUCCAAAAUCUAUUCUUGUACAACCUACAUUGUCAUCAUUUAGAGAAAAUGAACACUUAAACAAUAAUAUCAUUAGUAAUACUAUGAUAACAACAAAAUGUAUUGAUGGUGAAACUUUUAGAGUUACAGAAAAUCCAGUACAACUUUCAUAA